AUGUCGCCGUAUUCGCUCGGCCCGCCCGCUGCGCUGACGCGCGCGCGGUGCCGCGCUUGCGGGGACUUCGUCAUCGGCUACGUCCUGAACUGCACCAUCUGCGACUCCGAGGUGCACGCCCAUUGCAUGACGCCGUAUCAGGGUCAUCCAGUGUGCCACGCGUGCCACGCCGAGCGCGACUACAUGAUGGCGCAGCGGCAGGCAGCGUGGAGUGGCCAUAUCGCCCAACAAGUCGCACGCACUGCGGCGAGUGGGGCGCAGCUGGUUGGCCACACGCUGGGGGCUACCCUUUCGACCGCUGCGACGGGGGCAGCCCGGCUUGCAAUCGGAGCAGCCGCCGGGGUGAGGCAGUCUUGGAGUGCUGGCGCGAUGAUGCCGCACCCAGUCUCCCCGAUCCCCGAACCGACGACGACGCCCGCGGAGCAAUCCGCACAGAGCUCCCAGCACAGCCAGCCGGGAGGACAUGCUGACCAGAACGACGUGAUGAGCAUCAUGGUGGCAGAGCUUCGCGAGCUCCGCCUGGAGGUUCAACGCCUCAGCCGCCGCAACGAGCAGCUGGAGGCGGAACGGCUCGCCGACCGCGCGGCGGCGGCCGUUCACCAGCAGGGGUACCAGACGCCCCUGGCCGCCGAGGAUUCGGCGGCACACGACACACCCUCUCCUCAGCACGAGGCGCCGAUGGCCACGGCGCAGCAGGGUGAGUCGAGCGGCGGUGGUGGUAUGCCGCACAAUGGUGGUGGUGGUGAGGCGACCGUCGAGAACAGCGAGCUGAUCACCGCUGUCGCGGACGCCCUUGCGGAGACUGCGCUUUCGGCGCCUCCGCAGCAGCAGCCUCCAGCGGGGCUGCGCGAGACGUUCUUCGGGGAGGUUGCAGCAGCCGCCUCCGAUGGCGAUGGGGCGGCCGCAGCUUCGGCGAGCGCCGGGGCCGCGGCCGCACAGCAGUCGCUUCAGCAGCACCCGCCGCAGCAGCCGGGCGGCGGGCCGCCGGGGCUGCCUUCGCCUUGGCCGCCGCCAGGGUGGCCGGCAGGCGAUGGCCUCGACACGGUCCUCGCGAAGCUGAGGGAGAGCGACCUGAUGAAGCUGGAGUUCGUGAAGGGGCAGCCGAAGGCCAGCGCGCUCGAGGACUGGCUGCAGCGGGCCGGUCUGAAGGUGGGCGGCUGGCACAGGCGCAUCGACGCGUUCUGGAAGGACGCGGUGGCGGUCGCGCAGGAGGGCUACGCCGAGUACCUGAAGCUGACGCCGAUGCAGCGCCCGCUCGUCCGCCCUCGCCUUGACUGGCUGGCGGGCGACGCGAAGUUGCAGGACAUCGAGCUCAAGCUGCGCCCCAUCCUCCUCGAGGCGGUCCCCGAUUCGGUUCGGCAGGAAGCCUUGGCCACCAGGGCGACCAGCACUGUCGAGAUUCUGUUCGCCACCAUGGUGGCGGCAGGCCCCGGGACCCUGAAGGACAAGACUGAGGUCUUGGCGUCCGUGGAGCGGAGGGGCCUGCCGGCCGUUGAAUUGAAGUCAGUGCACGAUCAGCUGCAGAAGUGGCACUUCAAUUUGGUUCGGUUGCAGCGUCUGUCGAUGCAGCCGCCCGACCCCACUGUCCAAAUCGGGGUCCUGAGGAACAUGGUGGGCAGGAUGAUCGAGCACGACGCGAGCUUCCAGCACCGCAUCUUCGCCUGGGAGAUGCAGCACGGGAUCAGCGGAGCAUCUCAGUGCACCCAAGGCCAAGUUGAUGAGUACUGGCGCUAUCUCUCGGCCGAGUCCCGGGAGAUCUCGGAUUCGCCCGCGCCCGGCAAGGGCGCCGCCGUGAAGGCGCAGAUCGCUCGCCUGGAGGCGCUCCUGGCUAAAGGCGGGGCGAAGGGCGACCAGGGCAAGGCUAAGACAAAGGACGAUAAGGGCAAGUCCAAGGGCGCCCUGGGCAAGGCCAAGGGGGACAAGGAUAAGGACAAGAGCAAGGUAGGCAAGGUGGACUUGGCCGGCGGCGGCGCGCCCCAGGUCAAGAAGCCGUGCCGUGAUUUCGAGAGCGAUCGCGGCUGCAAGAACGGCGCCGGGUGCCAGUGGCACCAUCGGGCGCUCCAGCCGUGGGAGCAUAAAUGCUUCAAUUGCGGCAGCAAGUCGCACUCGAAGGCCGAAUGCCCGCACCCGCGGGCGGCAGGGGCCCAGCAGCAGCACCCGCGGCAGCAGCCUCAGCCGCUGGCGGCUGCAGCAGCCGCAGGCGCCGCCGGAGCAGCAUCGACCUCGAGCACGGAGCCGCCCCUGACGGCCGCUGGCGUGCAGGAGGCGGUGGCCAGAGCGAUGCAGAGCCUCGCGGUUCAGGGCGACAGCUGCCACGUCGGCUGGGCAGACCCGUUCGGGGCGCCGCCGCUUCGGCAGCAGCAGCAGCCGGAGCAGCCGCAGCCGCAGUUCCGCAUGCUCCAGGUGCUGGGUCCCAGGACGGCGACGGCGGCAGCAGCAGGCUCAGGGAGGAUUCGCAAGGACCGUCUGCUGUGCGACACCGGUGCUUCGCAUGAGCUGCAGCACCUGUGGCCGCACGAGGCGCCGCCGGCACGGUCGGUUCAGACGUCUCUGGGACUGGCCGUCGGGGACAGGCGCGGGGUCCACGUGAGCGAGGACGACGUCGUGUACGUGCACUCGCCCACGCCCGUCGAGCCCCUCUUCCCUAUCGGCGUGUACAUGCACGAGUUGGGGCUUGACCUCCUCUGGGGAUCUCAGCGCGCAGCGGUGGUGAUGCCGCGCGGCGGGACCAUGGAGCUGGAGCUCGAGAACGGCAUGGCGUACAUCAGCGAGCAGGACGCGGAGGUUCUCCGACAGAUGCGUCGACGACUUCGCCUUCAACGCGGCGCGGCUCGUUUCCGGGCAGGGGCCCUUGCGGCGGUGAUUCAGCUCAGCCUCGCAGAGCACAAGGCUGGCGGACACCGCAACUUCCGCCCAGAUUGCGCGGAGUGCAGGCUUGCAGCAGGCAGGCUUCGCCAUCACUGGCGCCUGGAAGCCGACACGAGGCCUGGCGGCCAGCUGUCGGCAGACAUUUCUGGGCCGCAUCCGCCUGCGAGGUGGCCAUCCGCACUCCAGGAGGAUAGGCCUCGUCAGCCCCGCUUCUUCUUGCUGUGCGCGUACUGCGUGUUCACCGUCGCGGAGCAGGAGCAGGCGGCCGAGAACGAGCGGUUCGCGCGUGACGGGCCGAAGGUGGAGGUCAAGGGCGAGCCGGCGCAGGUCAAGGCGGAGGCUGCGGAUGGGCCCGGCGCGGAUGACCAGGCCGCAGUGGCGAAGCUGAUCGCGGUCUUCGAGGCGACGGCGAAAGCUGCCUCCCCAGGCGGCUUCGAAGACCAGGGCGACGAGAUCUUGGUCGACUUGCCUGGCGACAUGGAGGCGGGCAGACGCACGUGGUACUUCACGUGGCCGUUGGUGUCCAAGUCGGCGGCCGAGGUGAUGAAGGCGCUGGAGCUGAUCAUCGCCCAGAUCGGCUUGGAAUUCCAGUGCAAGGCAGUGUUCAGGAUGCAUGCGGACGGAGCUCGGGAGCUCUCCGGCCCACAGGUCCGCGCAGGGCUCGCUGGCCAGGGGAUCGUGGUGACCUCGACCCCAGGGUACGAGCCGGAUAACAAUCCCCGUGCUGAGCGAGGGAUUGGGGUGGUGAAGCAGCGGGCGCGCGCUAUGCUCAUGGCGCUUCCGCCUGCCGAUCGCGAGCAGCUGUGGCCAGCUGCCGUCCAGCACUCCUCGGCGCUGCAGCGGAGGGAAGCGCAGGGCAGACCAACAAGCUGCCCGCCCUUCGGCGCCCCGGUGACCUGCAAAAUCAAGCAGAAACCAUCCUUCGCCUUCGCGCCGAGGGCCGCGGACCGCGUCUUCCUCGGCAUUGCGGACUUCGUCAGCUCGGCGGCGCUCGUGGGCUACCGGGUCACGAAGCACGGGGUGACGAAAUGGGAGUUCGAGACGUCAAGUUCGUUCGUCCCGCACCCGCCUCCGCCGAGGCUCCGAGGAACGCCGGCGCCCGGAGGGCCUGCCUGUUCUGCUGAGUUGCCCAGCCCUGCCGCGGCGCAGCCUUGCAAGGGCCAGGAGGAGCACGGUGCCGGAGCGGCCCCAGCAGCCGACGAGGACAACGGCCUCGGCCAGAGCGACGUCGGCAGGCGACUUCGUGGCAAGCAGCCUGCGCGUGCGCAGCAGCAGCAUCGGCUUCAGGAGGAGCCUGCAGGAGGAGCUGGCGCGCCUGGCGCUCCCGGAGGGCCUCCGGCAGCAGCGAGGGUCGAAAAGCGUGCUCCCUUGGAGCGGAAGCUCCGUGGCUGGGAGCCGGCAGAGCUGAAUGAGGACGACUUCGACGACGAGCUCCCCGAGUUCCACGAGGUGCUGAAGGACUCGGGGAUGCAGCCAGUGUCUGGGCAGGAGCUGCGGCGGGCCACGGGCGCCGAGAGGGACGAGUGGUUCACAGCGUUGGCAAACGAACUCGCGUCCUUCAACGAGAAGGCGGUGUUCGAGACGCUGCCGCCGCAGGAGCGCGGGACUGUGAAGAUGAGCGAGAUCCUGCCCAUGAAGAUUGUGGCUGGGAUCAAACCUCCAAAGCCGGAGGUCUUCACACAGAAUGUGGAGAUAUCGUCUGUGCGCAUGGCGCUGGCAAUUGCGGCGGAAUGCCGUUGGAAGCUGCUGGCGUUGGACGUCAGCACGGCGUUUUUGAACGCCCCGCUGCCGAAGGAGAGCGGCCGCGUGGUGGUGCGGCCGCCCGCUCUCAUGGUCCACUACGGGCUGGUAGCGGCAGACGAGCUGUGGGUCGCCAAGAAGGGGAUCUACGGCCUCAGGGUGGCGCCGCGGGCGUGGGGCCUGCAGCGAGAUUCUGACAUGCGCGGCAUGCGCGUGCAGGUCGGCGGACGUGAGUGCAAGUUGGCCCAGAGCCACUGCGACGCCUCGGUCUGGAUGGCCACGCCGGCGUUGGAGCCGAAGCUCGAGGCGGACAGGGAGCUGCUCGGCCUGGUGGUGGUGUACGUCGACGACUUCCUGGUGAUCGGCCCCGACGGCGUGAUCGACGUGGUGGAGGCGAAGCUGAACACGUUUUGGGCCUGCAGCUCGCAGGUGCGCAUCGGCUUCGACGCUCCCGGGAAGCUCACCUACUUGAGCUUAGAGGUGGAGGCUCGUUCGGACCACUUCGCAGUUCACCAGGGCCAGUACAUCGACGACAUGUUGGCCAAAUGGGGACUUCAGGGCGGCAACGCCUGCAGCACCAUCGCGUUCGAGCCCGUGCCUGACCGCAGCGAUCAUGAUGACGAGCCUGACCUGGCUGAGGUCAAGCUGGCGCAGAAGAUGGGGGGAGGGCUGUUGUGGCUGUCGACCCGCAGCCGACCCGACAUUGCUUUCGCAGUGUCGCGGCUCAGCUCGCACGCCUGCCGUGCCCCCACUUGGGCAUUGAAGCUGGGCAAGCGCAUCCUGCGCUACGUGCUGGGGACGCGCCGCUUCGGCCUCGUCGUGCGCCCGUUUUCUGGCAGCCCUGGCGCCCACCGCGCCGGAAGGCCGCUCGAGCUGAAGUUGGACGUGUACGCGGACGCCAGCUUCGAGACGGACACCUCGCAGUCCGGGGUGGCGGUGUUCGUGGGGGACGUCCUGGUGGACUGGCGCAGCCAGAGACAGCCCCAGGUCGCCCGCAGCACGGCAGAAGCGGAGGUCACAGCGCUCAACGUGGGCCUCCUGAUGCUCGAGGGGGCCGAGGCGACGCUGUGUUCCAUGGGCGUGCGGCUGUCGGUGCCGACGCUGUGGGGUGACAACGCAGCAUCACUCUUCCUGGCGCGCGGUCAGGGGAGCUGGCGCACUCGUGCCCUGGCUAACCGGGCGGCGGCACUGAGGUCGAGGCUGGAGAUGGGCACGCUGGACCUCGUGAAGGUGGCCAGCGAGGACCAACGCGCCGACGGCCUCACGAAGGUCUUCGCGGCGCCUGCGAUGGCCCGCAUCCGGGCCCACUUCAACCUGCAGCAG